GCGUAGACAAAAUAUUUUCGUUUCGUAGGAUGUCAGUUGAAUUAUCUUAUUGAUUGUUAUAAGACGUGUUGAUGUGAUUUGUUAUUGUUUAUUGGACUAUACAUACAACAUGGAAAUGGAAUUGAAGCCUAGGACGAGCUGUUCCCUCCUAAAAUGUAUGAAGAUAGUGUGCAUCAUAUUCGCCGUCAUGAAUGCAGUAAUAUGCCUACUAGCUUUCCUUAACAGCCUUAUAUUCCUAAUCUGCGUACUAGUAGUCUGGAUCUGGAAUCUGUACCAUGGAUAUCCUUCGACGGAAGAGAAGACUGAAGAUUGGGAUUUCGUGUUCCAAAUAUUAAUUGUCGUAGCUGUAGUGAGCAGCGUGGCUACUGCAACCGCACUCUAUUUUGCCGUCCUUCUGUGUCUUGGAAUACAAAAUGAUAACAAGCGCUACAUUAAAAGGUACCUGGCAUACGGCGUGACUGUUACGACCUUAACCGUAUUGGGGCUGCUGUUGGUGAUCAACUGGCUACGCACGGAUCAACAGAUAGAUGCUGCGGCUGCACUAAUCGUUUGCUUGGCAUACUCAGGAAUCCUGUUUCUGAUAUACAAGACGUACCUCAGAUCAGAUCAGGAGGCUAGCAACAGAUUGCUUAGCGCGACGUAUGUUCAACAAUCAUACGGAUGCCAAUAAAGUUGAUAAAGCAUGACAAGAAACGCUUGACUCCAGCCGUCCGGCUUCGGACUGGAAAAGGAUACAUUCAAGUCAACAAAAUAUAUUUAUAAAAUUAAGUGGAUCUUUAUUGAACGACAGUUCGCCGCUCGCCGCACCGCUUGUCGCUCCGCUCACCGCUCCACUCGCCGCUCCGAUCUUGUCGCAUCAUUGUCUAAGUAUAAAGCCUAAGACAUAUACAAUACAUCUGCUCAAAAGAAAAUGUAUUUUAGUGAAUUA